UCGAUGAAAACUUUAUAUGCUACGAUUAGUUAUGAAUCUUGUAAUUGCACCCAGCAAUUUUCCAUUAAUUUCUCUCAUUGUACUCAUCAGUUCAUCAAUAAAUUGAAAAGUCCUAGAUAGAAAUCUCACACAAUUUGGAUUUGUAGCAGCAAAUAAAUUGGUUUCUGUUGUUUAAGUAUAUUACAAUGGGACUUGAAGUGGAGGUCUCCAGAAACCCUGAAAAAACAAGGGAAUGGAAAGGAGAUGGGAAUGCGAAUGUAACAGAGGAGGCAAAGUCAGCGGUGAAGAAACCCCAGAAAAAGAUAUGUUGUGCUUGUCCGGAUACUAAAAGGCUUAGAGAUGAAUGCAUUGCUGAGCACGGGCAGGAUGCCUGCACCAAAUGGAUUGAUGCCCACCUUCAGUGCCUCAGGGCGGAGGGAUUCAAGGUAUGACAGAUUCCAGAUAAGGAUGUAAGUAGCUGGUCAGAAUUAUAAUUGUGUUAUCACCACAAUAUAACAUAUCCUGUCGAAAUUUUCGCAUUUAUAGACCUGUACAUAUUCUUAGAGAUACCUAAAUCACUAAGAAUUAUGUGUGCAUUGUCUGAGGAAAUUUAUUUAGUACAUGAUGUAAUAAGUUCUACUGUAACAGGAGUUCUGGUCAGUCGAAGUAUCUCAUUGUUACUUGUGGCUGUAUGAAAAAUAAUUAAUUGGGCUUAACAGCGGUUGUCUUUUUUAAUA